UUGUAUUAAAAAUGGUUAGUUUUCUUCUUCUUUUUUUACAAAUAGAUUUAAGGUGAAUCAUUUGUACAAAAUAUGAUCAAUUUAUCUUUAAAAAAAAAAACUUACAAAAAUUUUUCUUCUCUUAACGAGAAACAUUUUUCUAAGUAAUUUAUUAUCUGUAUUUUAUAAUCUUCUUUCCUCUUAUGCAAUGAUAAUGUUUAUGUUAACGAGUGUAACGAUGUUCAUUAGCAUUUAGAAAUAAUGUUUUUGUUAUUUUUAAUAUUUGUGAAAGAAAAAAAAAAAGAAGAAGAAAAGUGGAAAGAAUGAAAUGAUACACACCAUUUGAUGAGAUCAAUUAGAGUGAUUAUAUGAUCUAAUUUCGACAUUUGGUUAAUAAUUUCAUUUAUUUUUCAACGUUUAAUGUAAACAUCUUCGUAUUUUUUUUUGAGAAAAAAAACAACAACACAGUAACGGAAAAAAUGUUUAAUUUAAUUAUACAUACAUACGUCGAGAGUGAAAUGUUAUUGUUGAUAUAUUCAUUUUUAUUUUUACCUUAAUUGAGUUUAUUAUCUGACAAGUUAAAAACAUCUUCUCAUUUUCUUUUUCUAUUCUUAAAAUGUGUUUGUCCAUCUGUACUCCUCCCUCUUCUUGGUCAUUUAUAUAUGGCAAUAAUGACACUUCAUUAUUAACGUAUAUAUUUAAAUGUAGUGUAUUUAUCACAUCUAACUUUAACUAAUUACAUGAACGGAUGGAAAGACACAUUAUAAUAACACUAGUGUAUAUAUAUAUUGAGAGAAAAAAAUAAAAACAAAAAAAUUGUAUAUAUAAUCUAUCAAUAAAUGUUUCAUAUUUUUCAAUGAAUAUAUGAAAAUUAUCUUCCAUAUGUUAGAAUAAUUAUAAUUCAUAUGAUUCAAUUCUAUAAAACAAAAAUAUUUUAUUAAUAAAAUGAUUUAAAAUCAAAAACAAAAAAACUUCUUGACUUCAUUUUUAUUUAUUUUUUUCAUUUUUUUCAUUUUUUUUCUAGGUAAAUCGACCAAUGUCAAUGAAAAAAGAAAAUAUUCAAACACGUAAUCGUAAACCAAAUUCAAAACGUAAAGAUAAAGAUCAAUUUCCCUAUUUACUAAUGAAAAGUGAACCACUUGGUAGUUAUCAUCAUCAUCAUCAUCAUCAUCAUUCUCAUUCAACUACGCCUUAUUCAUCAUCAGCUGCCAUGUCUGCACUUAACAGUUUACGUCCGUUUGCUGCCGCUGCUGCAGCAGCCGCCAAUUUUUCAACAUCAUCUUUUAUUUCACCAUCAAAACAGUAUUUAACAAAUGAUAAUUAUUUAUCAAACAAUCCAUAUCUUAGAAAUACAUCAUUUCUUGGCACUUGA